GACGUAAACGGCUAUGGAGUCGUUCUUGGUUGCUGCGGCAUGACCAGCAAACGACUUCCUUAAAUAUGGUUUUUAAUGAACUAGAUGCAGAAGAUCCGGCCAGUUUCUCAAAUUACACGCGAAUGGAAAAUGGUAUUUGGAAUGAUUUGUUGGAAAUGGUAACACCAUAUAUAAAGAAAGAGGAUACAGUUAUGAGGCAAGCUAUAUCACCGAGAGACAGGCUUUGUAUUACAAUUCGGUACUUGGCAACAGGAAAUUCGUUUAGAGACAUUAGUUAUUCAACUCGAAUUGCACCUAAUACCAUAUCCCAAAUCGUUAGAGAAACUCUUGAAGCAAUUGUAACCGUUCUUCAAGAUCAUUUUAUAAAAUUUCCAUCUUCAGCACAAGAAUGGGAAGCUGUUGCACACAAAUUUGAGACAACAUGGAAUUUUCCUCACUGCAUAGGGGCAUUGGAUGGAAAGCAUAUAAGAUUUCGUCCAUCACGAAGUGAUGGUUCGAAAUACAGAAAUUAUAAAGGAUAUGACAGCAUAGUACUCUUAGCUCUUGCCGAUGCAGAUUAUAAAUUUUUGUUUGUUGAUGUGGGAAGAAACGGCCGUAUGCAUGAUUCAACCGUCUUUCAUACAAGCCUAUUAGGCAUAAAAAUGGAUAUAUAUUAA